AUGACCGGCCGGGAGGACCUCGGAGAGGAGAAGCCCAGAGUGAAGAUGCUUUCCCCGGGCUUCGGGAUCGAUAAAUCCCGGCUGCACGGCUCCGGGUUCCGCUCCAAAGGCUUCGCCAUCACGGACCUGCUGGGGCUGGAGUCAGACCUGCAGGCCCGGCAGCAGCCCGGCGGGGGCCCCCUGUCCGGCCUGUCCGCGGCGGGCUCCGGGCCCGGGGCGGAGCCGCAGGGGCCGGGCGGCGGCCUUGGCGGCUUCUCCUUCCCGGGAGGGUCGCUGCCGCUCGGCCUCGGCUUCCUCUGCAGCCUUGCGGCGCAGCAGCCCGCCGGGGCUCCGUGCUUCCUGCCGGGACACCUGCCGCUGCUGCAGGCCCGGGCCGACAGCCACUACCUGCAGAACCUGGAGGCCCAGAGGGACGCCUACUCCGAUGAGGAGUGUCUGUCGGACAGAAAUGACUCUAAAAGUUCUGGAAGCUCUCAGAAAAGGAAGAAGCGGAGACACCGGACGGUGUUCACGUCCCACCAGCUGGAGGAACUGGAGAAAGCGUUCCAUGAAGCUCAUUAUCCGGAUGUUUACGCCCGAGAGAUGCUGGCCAUGAAGACGGAGCUGCCCGAGGACAGAAUCCAGGUGUGGUUCCAGAACCGCAGGGCCAAGUGGAGGAAGCGUGAGAAGUGCUGGGGCCGCAGCAGCGUGAUGGCAGAGUACGGUCUGUACGGAGCCAUGGUCCGACACUCCAUCCCCCUGCCAGAGUCCAUCCUCAACUCAGCCAAGAACGGCAUGAUGGGAAGCUGCGCCCCCUGGCUGCUCGGUGAGCCGCAUGCACGGAUGCACAAGAAGUCUCUGGAAAUGUCUAAGAAAUGUCCAAGUCCUCCGGUGUCCGACUCCACUCGCUCUGACUUGUUCUGUGACGCCUCGGAGCGGCAUGCUGGCGGCGGCGGCGGUGGUGAGGCCCAGGAGGCGGAGGAGGAGGAGCUGCUGGAGGAGGAGGUGGAGGAGGAGGUGGCCAUCGACCUGUCCAGCUCCUCCAAACAGCAGCAGCAGCAGGAGGGCGGGGCCUCGGCAAGGACCUCCUCCUCUCCACGACGACAGAGUGGGAGCGAAUCAGACAGCUGAAGGUGGGAGGAGCCUGAUGCUGUCUGAGUGAGGACAGUGGUCUGGAAGCACUGACAUUUGAUUGGUUCUUCUCUCAGGGAGCACAGCCAAUGAACAAACAGCUGAUACAUCACUUGUUUCGAUGCAAAGUUUUCCUAUGAUUACAUAGACUGAUGUUAUCAUGCUAACAGCAUGUAGGGAAUAUUUUAGCGUGCGAACACCUUCAGCAAAUAUGAGAUCAGAGCUUUCAUACUCAAACGUUAACUUUAUUACAGUGUAGUUUAACUCCCCCUGCCUGGGUGGUGCUGUUGUGCCAAAUUCUUGCCUAACUUUAAAUUAAAAUGCUUCAGUGCUUAUGGAUGCUACCAUGCUAAAUAAAUGCCAUAAUGCUAACAAUGUAGAAAUACUGCUACUGCUAAUAAGUGUUAGCAGGCUAAAAUGUCAGCAGGGGGAGUUAUUUACCACGUUAAAAUUUGCACUAUGGUAACAUUCAAAAGACUAUGCUACAGUAUAAGCUAGUAGCCAAUAUAUUGCUACCCCUAAUUUCUCUUUAGCUAACAUGCUAUGAGCUAUAGAUUAAUGAAAUAUAAACUAACAGAUAAAUGCUACUAAAUUAGCCGAACAUUCAUUUGCUACUUGGGUAAAACAAGAUGUUUAGCAUGCUAUUACAUGUCAGAAUGCUAAUGGUGUGUUAGUUUUGUUAGCGUGCAAACACACCAGUAUAUUCCAGCUGAUUCAAACCAGUGACAAGCGUUUUAUAUAUUUGGAGUUGCUCCUGAAUGAUGGAGCAGCUUGAUUGUGCUAGCUCUGCUCCCAUGGCGCUAAGGAUGCUAACAGCUAUCUGUGCUCCCAGGAUGCUAAGGAUGCUAACAGCUAGCUGUGCUCCCAGGAUGCUAAGGAUGCUAAGAGCUAGCUGUGCUCCCAGGAUGCUAAUGAUGCUAACAGCUAGCUGUGCUCCCAGGAUGCUAAGGAUGCUAAGGAUGCUAAGAGCUAGCUGUGCUCCCAGGAUGCUAAUGAUGCUAACAGCUAGCUGUGCUCCCAGGAUGCUAAGAAUGCUCACAGCUAGCUGUGCUCCCAGGAUGCCAAGGAUUCUAACAGCUAACUGUGCUCCCAGCGUGCUAAUGAUUCUAAAAGCUAGUUGUGCUCCCAGGAUGCUAUGGAUGCUAACAGCUAGCUGUGCUCCUAAGAUGCUAAGAUUGCUAACAACUAGCUGUGCUCCCAGGAUGCAAAGGAUGCUAACAACGCUGAGGUCCUGAUAUAAAUGAUGACAUUGUCUCUGUGUUUCUUAUUGUAUCGUAACGAGAGUUUGUUUUAUAUCUACGGUUUUGUUUGUCGUUUUUUUUUUUGAAAAAGAGGCUAUUUAAUAUUUAUUCUUGUUGGUUUCUGUGUGUUUUAUAGUCAGACUGAGCAGCUCGUUUGUGGAUGAAUGUAAUUUAAAUGUAAUAUUUAAAAAUUCUGCUCAUUAUUAUCAUUAUUAUAAUAUGUGUGUACAGCAGGAGAUUUGCAGGUGGCAAAUAAAAAAGAAAGUAUUUUUGGAAUGAUUGUGACAUUUAUUUUUGUAAUUUUAUCAGCAUCAGGGCUGUACAGUGGAGUAGUGGUUAGCACUUUCGCCUUGCAGCAAGAAGAUCCCUGGUUCAAAUCCCGGCCUGGGAUCUUUCUGCAUGGAGUUUGCAUGUUCUCCCUGUGCAUGCGUGGGUUUUCUCCGGGUACUCCGGCUUCCUCCCACAGUCCAAAAACAUGCUGAGGUUAAUUGGUUACUCUAAAUUGUC